GCAACCAACAAAUAAAAUGAGUCUUACAUAUUCUUUAUAUUUAAUUUUAAUAAUUUUAUUCAUUUUUAAAGUACAUAUUAUUGCCACAGUGGGACGUAUGUAUACAUCAGAUAGAAAUAAUACCUAUUAUAUAGAAGAUGAGAAAAAGUACAACUGGAUGGAGGCCUUUGCCAACUGCGUGGAAAUGAACAUGAGUCUGCUUACAAUUGAUUCAGUAACUAAAUCCAAUGAAAUAAAUCAACUUGUGCAAAAGACAUUCGGCAAAAAUAUACCACUUUGGGUGGGCGGCAUUAUGACUCGCCAUCCCACCCGUCAUUUCAUUUGGCUGCCAAUGGGUAAACCCUUCAUUUACACCUAUUGGGAAGGCAACAAUCCCGACUUUGCUAACUACAAUGAAUAUUGUGUUGAAAUCGGUUGGGGCAACAAAAUGGAAUGGAAUGAUAAAUAUUGUAAUCAUCAGAUUGGUUUUGUAUGUGAGCCUAAUCCACAGCUUUUGAAAAUAGAGAACUUGCAGCGACAACUUCAACAGGCAGUUGAAAAAGUGCAAGAGAGCGAAAAACAUAAAUUAGAGAGUGUUAACAAGGAUUUCCCGCAAAAGGAAAUGUACUGCAAAGAGAAUUUGGAAAAGAAUCAGGAAAUUUUGCAACAACUUGAAGACAUCAAAAAUAAAACACAUCGUGACUUAAUUUUGCAUUUUCAUCAAGAUCGUUAUAUGCACAAUGCACAACCUUAAAAAUUUGUGUUAGAAAUAAGAAUUAUGUAGGUUGUAAGUAAUAGUGUCUUUGAUUUUGCCAUCCAAAAGUUGCAGUUGUAAACGAAAACUUCGAAGUAUGCAUUGAAAUGAUUUCAUGAUGCUUCAAUGUUUUAAAAAUUCUCCUUAGCAUUUAAGCAGCAAGUGUUAUGAUUAGAUUACACUAUCUUUUCAUCUUAUUUAAUAUAUCAUGAAUUCUACCAAAGACUAUAGAAAAAACACAAAUACAUAUAAUAACCUUUAGAGUCCUUUGGAA